AUGAUGAUGGACCUUUUUGAAACUGGCUCCUAUUUCUUCUACUUAGAUGGAGAAAAUGUGACUCUGCAGCCAUUAGAAGUGGCCGAGGGCUCUCCUUUGUAUCCAGGGAGUGAUGGUACCCUGUCCCCCUGCCAGGACCAAAUGCUCCAGGAAGCCGGGAGCGACAGCAGUGGAGAGGAACACGUACUGGCGCCCCCGGGCCUGCAACCUUCCCACUGCCCGGGUCAGUGUCUGAUCUGGGCUUGCAAGACUUGCAAGAGAAAAUCUGCUCCUACAGAUCGGCGGAAAGCUGCCACCCUGCGCGAAAGGAGGAGGCUAAAGAAAAUCAACGAGGCCUUUGAGGCCCUGAAGCGUCGGACUGUGGCCAACCCCAACCAGAGGCUGCCCAAGGUAGAGAUUCUGCGGAGCGCCAUCAGCUACAUUGAGCGUCUGCAAGACUUGCUGCAUCGGCUGGAUCAGCAGGAGAAGAUGCAGGAGCUGGGGGUGGACCCCUAUAGCUACAGACCCAAGCAAGAAAUUCUUGAGGGUGCGGAUUUCCUGCGCACCUGCAGCCCCCAGUGGCCAAGUGUUUCGGAUCAUUCCAGGGGGCUCGUGAUAGCUACUAAGGAAGGAGGAGCAAGCGUGGAUGCCUCGGCCACCAGCAGUCUCCAGUGCCUUUCUUCCAUAGUGGACAGUAUUUCCUCGGAGGAACGCAAACUCCCCAGUGUGGAGGAGGUGGUGGAGAAGUAACUCGGCCAGCAUUUGGGACAUUCUUCACUCAACAGGAAGACCUCUUAUGGACUAAUCAUUUAGGUUAGGGCUCACGGACCCCAGAGUUUAUGAAAGCAUAUGAAACACACUCACA